UUGGAGUUCAACAAAACAAACAAACACUGCCUCUUUCUCUGUCUUUGGCUCCUUUCAACAAAACAAAACACACUUACAUAAAAAAUCAUCCUUAUCUAUGCCACUUCCACUUGGACUUCCACCUCACCCACUUUCUCUGCGCCAUGGAAACAGUACGUUGUCUGGCAUGUGUACUUGUUCAAGGUGACAUAUGACCUAAACAAUUAUUAGAACUUAAUCUGAUCACAAGGCAGUUUUUUUGAGCUGAUCUGGAUGGGAACCGGUGAAGAAAGCACAGCUAAAGUUCCUAAACCAUCUUCUACUUCUUCAAUUCAGAUACCACUGGCACCUUCAUAUCCUGAUUGGUCAAGCUCGAUGCAGGCUUACUAUGCUCCUGGAGCCACUCCACCUGCAUUUUUUGCCUCAAAUAUUGCUUCUCCAACUCCCCAUUCUUAUAUGUGGGGAAGCCAGCACCCUCUAAUUCCACCAUAUAGUACUCCUGUUCCAUAUCCAGCUAUAUAUCCUCCUGGGAAUGUCUAUGCUCAUCCUAGCAUGGCAAUGACCCUGAGCACCACACAGAAUGGUACAGAGUUUGUAGGAAAGGGUUCUGAUGAAAAAGAUCGGGUUUCUGCCAAAAGUUCAAAGGCUGUGUCUGCAAACAAUGGUUCCAAAGCAGGAGACAAUGGAAAGGCAAGCUCAGGUCCCAGAAAUGAUGGCACCUCACAAAGUGCUGAAAGUGGUUCAGAGGGAUCUUCGGAUGCUAGUGAUGAGAAUACUAACCAACAGGAAUCGGCUACAAACAAGAAAGGGAGUUUUGACCAAAUGCUUGUUGAUGGUGCUAAUGCACGGAACAAUUCUGUGAGCAUCAUUCCUCAACCUGGAAAUCCCGCUGUGUCAAUGUCUCCAACUAGUCUUAAUAUUGGAAUGAACUUGUGGAAUGCAUCUCCUGCUGGUGACGAAGCUGCAAAAAUGAGACAGAAUCAGUCUUCAGGAGCUGUUACUCCUCCAACCAUAAUGGGACGUGAAGUCGCGCUGGGUGAACACUGGAUACAAGAUGAACGUGAACUAAAGAAACAGAAAAGGAAACAGUCUAAUAGGGAGUCUGCUAGGAGAUCAAGACUACGCAAGCAGGCUGAGUGUGAAGAGUUACAAAAGAGGGUGGAGUCUCUGGGAAGUGAGAAUCAAACUCUCAGAGAAGAGCUUCAGAGAGUAUCUGAAGAAUGCAAAAAACUUACAUCUGAAAAUGAUUCCAUCAAGGAAGAGUUAGAACGGUUGUGUGGACCAGAAGCAGUUGCUAAUCUUGAAUAAAUCAACUUCUUAUUAUCAUGCCAAAGCAUCGGCGAAAAAUGAUCAACUCCUAGAAGAGAUGAAUUUGCAGCUGAAAUUUUAUCAAUGGCGAAAAUGAACAUAGGAUAUAAUUUUUUUCCCUUGGUUUACUAUUUACACCAUUAACCCUUAAUUGCCACCCCCCUUAUGUUUUGCCCAUUUAGUAUUGUAAAACAAAUCAUAGCAAAAUAUUAUUUUCAACACUUUUUAUUGGACAGAUUUUUUUUAUGUAGGUCAUAGUAAAUAACCUUGACUUACAUUAUUUAUUGAGACUUACGUGCAAUUCAGUGAUAAUAAAUAUUGUAUCAAAGAGAGUGUUCCAGUCACAAAGUAACUCCAGAAGUUGAUCUUGAAGCUAAAGUAAGGCUGGACCAAGGAUUGUGUGCCUUCUUCAGAUGUCACGGUGCUUUUGAGGAAGGGUAAUAUCCAGAAGGGUCCAGAUUGUGUUCAAAGAAAUGACAUAUUUUUAGUAUUUGCUUGUGCCGAUGAAUAGAUAAUUUUAUGCUAAUUGGGCACUUCUAUUCGGUGUUCAGUAGUUUCACAUUCACUUUCAAAACUGAUGUUAACAUGCUGCUUUAAUUUCCGAGCACCUUGUAAGAGGUAACUAUGGAA